AUGCGCCAAAAGAUCCUCAACGAGUCCAUGAAGCACGUCGCAUCGCACGGCUUCACCGUCCGCGCCAUCCAGCGCGCGGUGACCGAGAUGGGCUACUCCGCAGCGCUCGCAACGUUGGUCCCGAGGGGAGCCGGAUCGCUCGUGGAGCACUUCGUCGACGAGUGCGACAGCAGGCUCAGCCUGAGGAUCGCCACCACCGGCGAGGACGAUCUGAAGGACCUGACCCCGGAGGAGAAGAUGGUGAAGGUCAUCGGGUGGCGCCUCGACAUGCUCAAGGAACACGCGGAGCAUUGGGGCGCGGCGCUGGCGGUGAUGGGGCUGCCCGAGAAUCUGCCGACGACGCUUCGCCAGCGCGCGAUGCUCGCAGAUGAACUCGUCGGCGCGACGGGUCCCACCAUGACCGGACUCGACUCGUCUAAGGGCGGGAACAUCACCGCGGCCGCGAAGGCUGCGGGCUUUUAUGGCGACAGGGCCGCGGCCGGCGCGCUUUACGCCGCCUGCGAGCUCUUCCUCGUCACCGACACCUCUCCCGGGUUUGCGGACACGGACGACUUCGUCCGGCAGAGGACACGCGAGAUGUUUGAUCUCGCCAGCGGCGUGGAGCAGGUUGGGGGAUUC